CUACUUUCGAUUUAAAAUGUAAAUACGCGUUGGCGAUUUGCGGGUGUAUGUGUGUAAAAAAUAUUUUGUGUUGACCAUUUUUGGAGGAGAAAGUCGUAAUAGAAGGAUAUGUUUAUUGCAGAGACUUUGAAUAACCACUGUGUAAAGCGAUUGAUGUUAUGCUUAAGAAUAAUAAGAACACGACAUAUAGCUGUAAUCGCUUGUGGAUUUUGAUGUACAAUAACAUGCGCAUAACAGAGUAUAUACGUUUUAUAUCGGAGGAACUAAAAGCUAUACAUGGUUCAAAAGGUAGUUAUCUCUGUUCUGUAACACAGUUUGUGUCACAGUCGAUCGAAAAACUGAUGUGUAUGCAAAUGUCAGUUAUUUUCCCCUUCUUUCGAUUUAGCAUAUAAAUAUACUGAGGUGAAUUUGUUAGAAUUUCCACUAAAAUGUCUGUCAAACAAUACGUAUGCGGCCCCUGUUUGGAGGAGAAAGGGGAAAUAGAGGGCGUUGUGUAUUGUACAGAAUGUGAGGAACCACUUUGCGAUCAGUGUAAGCAGGAUCAUGCAAGAAUAAAGGUUUCCAAACACCACACGUUGUGUGACAUUGCGGCAGUACCUCCCCCGGAGAUAAAGGAACUUUUGAAAUCAUUGAUUGCAUGUCCGAAUCACGAAAAAGAAGAAGCUGUUUACAUGUGUAAAGACCACGAUAUGACCUGCUGUAAUAAGUGUGCGAUGGCUGAUCACAGAAAGUGCGAGGAAGUGAAGGUACUGGCUGAUAUUUUGCAUGACACAAAAGCGGAUUGUUCAGCAUUGAAGGCAGUGUUGCAUGACUUGCAACAGCAAGGCGAGCGUCUUUUGGACCAUGAACGCCAACACGAAGAAUUGCUAUCUGAAAUAGAAAGUGAAGCGUUGUCAUCACUUCAAACUAUAAAACAGAAACUCUUAGACAUGUAUGCGCAACUUGUGAAUAACGUGUUAUCUGCUAUUGCUGAUAAGAAGAAAGUGAUAAUAGAAAAAUUGAAAACAAACAACGAAAAGUCAAGUCAGUUUUUGAAAGACGUCAAACAACAGUCAACUUAUAUUGAACACGUUGAGAAAUUUGGAACUCAUGAACAAGUUGUUCUCCUUCAGCGCCGCCUUGAAAAGGAGCCGGUAUGUCGUUUGAAAUCAUCCGUUGGUGAAUUGGACAAAAGUAGAAGCAAAUCUAGCUUCAAAUGUGUUGAGGAUACCUCUUUCGAUUGUUUACUGAUAAAAAUUAAAAAUUCCUUGCGAAUUGAAAACUUCAAUUGUGAUGUAAGCGAAACAGGUUCCGAUACCGAUAACAGUCAUUAUAAGCCAUAUACGGAGCGAAUUCCAGAGCUUCAAUCUUCUAAAUCUUUACGUACUAUACCCGUUGAUGACAAGGCAAAACGUCUCGAACCUAGUUCAUGCAUAUGGAUAGAUAAGUACAUUGUUAUAUCUUUAAAUAGAUCACAUGUUUUACUAGUGAUUGUGGAAGGCAGUGACUUUGUAAUAUCACAAUUCAAUUUUGACUCUAUUCGUUGGUCGGUUUCUAAAACUGGCCCGACGGACAUGGUGAUUACUUUACCAGGUGAUAACAAAAUGAAAUUUGCACAACUACGUUAUGGAAAUGUUCACGUUGUGACAGAACUCAAAACACGAGUCCCGUAUGACCACGUUACUAGAAAUGCCCCACUAAACCAGUACAUUUGUAUGUCAAAUAGCAAGGGGCAGAUCGAUAUUCUUAAUAAUGAUGGAACGUUGCUUCGUGAAAUCAGUUUAAGCUCAGACAUAAAAGAGUUGGUGCAUUCUGUAUUAAGUUUGUGUAAUUUUAAUGCGUAUAACCGCACGUUAAUAAUUUCAAAUAGUGAAAAACAAAAACUGGUGAUGUUGAACUUAAAUGGACAAACAGCAUCUGAAUAUAAUCACCCAGAUCUACGUGGUCCAAACCAAAUUGCCGUAGAUAAUAAUGGCAAUGUGUAUAUGACAUCCGAUAAUCAAAUCAUACAUCAAAUCAGUCCUAGUGGACAGUACAUUAGAUCUAAUCUGUUAGAGAAAGGAAUACAGUGUCCAUACGGUUUAUGUUUCAAUAGCACAUUUGAUAAAAUUGCUGUUAGUAGUGUUGUGUUCGGCAAUCCACACCUUCGAGUGUAUACAUUUACUUGAUCAAUGUUAUAUACUAAAUUCAACAUUCAACUAUGUAAAUGCAAAGGUUUAUCAAACCCACGAUAUUUCGACCGUAUGAAUAUGAUUCGUUUAAAUUGCUUGUGUGUUAGCAUAUAGAUGCUUAUUCAUUUAAAUUGUUACACGCAUGCUAUUUUCUUAAAUUAUAUUGUCAUAUUUCUACCUUGUACAUUGGUAUGACAUUGUGUGUGUGUUUGACUGUAUUGUCAAUGAAUUGCAGCAUAAAUAAAUAAUGCAAUUGUUUUUUUUUCUAACACUUAUUUGCAUCUCGAAAGAAGCAUUAAGGGUUGAAGUAAUUAAAUCGUCUAAUUAGCGACAGUACUGUCUCUUUAUUGAGUUUU